CUAAACGUCAACGUUUUGCAGCACUCGUGAAUUGAAAAAACAUUACGAAUACGAAAACAAACCAUUGCUGGCGAAGGUGAAAAAAGCGCCGGAAAGUCACACGGGAACAACGCAAUAGGCGCCUGUAGAUUUAAAAAGAAGCAUGCUGGUUUGAUUUUACGCAUAACCAUGGCUGUUUCAUUCUGCGGAAAACGUUUGCUCCUGAAUCGCUCCAAUUUGCUGGCAAAUCCAAAACGUCACGGAUAUAUCGUACUAGUGCCGGAAAUUGGUGAAGAUUUACCGGGACGAAAUCCGCUGACCCGUUCGGAGAAUGGCUUACCGGAGUUCAACAAUGUAACCAUCGAAAAGUGUGUCGGAACCAUCGGUCAACAGGCGGCCGGGGUGGAACGAUCUGUACGUGCGCUGGAGGAGAAAAUUACCGCUGCAGAAGGUGGCCUGGAUGUGAUCAAAGACAUUCUUGUACCGUUGGAGCAGGUGGUCACUCCCCUAGAGACAACAUGGGGUGUGGCUAAGACACUGUAUCUUGGUAACAGCUCUAAAAUGCCGACUAAAAGCUACAUGACGAUACACGAACGAGCGCGGGCAGCUCGGAGAUUUAAGUUCAACAGUCUGCCGAUAUACAAUGCCCUGCAAAGUGCCAUCGUUGGGAAGGAAAACAAAUUUUCGCUGGAAGAAAAUCGACUUAUCAAUAAAUACCUGUUGGAAUCGGAACUAAACGGAGUCAAAGUAGACGAACCAGCGAAGGUGGACUUACGGGAUGUACUGAUGAAGUUGUCCCAAGAGCGGUCGAAAUUUCACGGCAAACGAGAGGUAGCUGUGAAAAAGUUUUCACACGUCGUAAAAGACCCAGCUGUGAUGAAGGAGUUUCCGCCUUCGGUUUUGCAAGCUCUUGCCGUAGAUCAGUCUCAGGUUGUGAAGGGUCCCUGGAAGAUCACUCUGCAACCGUUUGUGGUGCAGAGUUUUUUGGAGUACUGUCCAGAUAGAACGCAACGCUGGAACUUGUGGCAGGCCGAUACACGCAAAUGUUCUAACAAUUCCGACAGAGCACUCGAAAAUAGCACCCAUCUCGAGAUGAUUCGAUCGUUACGAAAGCGGCAAGCCAAGAUUUUGGGGUUCGAAAGCUACGUGCACAUGUCGAUGAAAACGAAGAUGGCCGGAUCGGUUGAGCAAUUACGUGACACGCUGGAUGAACUGCUGCGGUUUGCUCGUCCUGCUUUGGACAGUGAAAUGGCGGAUUUGGAGCCAUUUGCUCGUGAUAAUGGCUUUAAAGACACGCUGGACAUCUACGAUGUUCCGUAUUGGAAGCGACGACAGUUCGCAGAGCUGCACCAAUUCGACAAAGAAGCUCUUAAAGAAUAUUUUCCAAUGCCGAAGGUUUUAAGCGGAUUGUUUAGCCUAGCCGAAUCACUGCUAGACAUACGGAUUGUAGAACGGACCGGCGUUGAUACGUGGCAUGAAGAUGUCCGAUUUUAUGAUAUUUUCGACGCUAGCAAAGGAACCGAACCGAUUGCUGGAUUUUAUACGGAUCUAUACAGUAGAGAAGAGGAGAAAAUAUCGGUUGUUGGAAACUCUGGUUGGAUGGUGGGAAUCGUAAAUCGCAGCGUUGUAGCAGAAGAGAAACCGCUGGCCGCUCUGAUAUGCAACUUCCCAGUACCUUUGUACGGAAAACCAUCACUUUUAACUAUUGAUGACGUACAGAUUCUGUUCCACAAAUUUGGCCAUGCUCUACAGCACAUGCUAACGGAAACGCACUACAGUGAGGUGGCUGGUCUAUCGAAUGUCGAAUGGGACGCGGUUGAAAUUUCUGGAUUUGUACUCACCAGUCUACUGCAAGAUCCGGACGUGAUUCGCUCGAUUAGCAGCCACUAUGGAACGGGAGAAACCCUUCCGGAUCAAUGUGUUGAAUCGAUCCAAAAACGUCACACCCAUCUGGCCGGCUACGAACUUUGUCGAGAGCUUUAUUUUUCUAAUCUAGACUUGGAGCUGCACAUACAAUCGGGUUACUGGCUGGAGAUUGUGAGAAAACUCUACCCCCAGUUCCACACUUUUGCACUGGACAAAAAGGAUGCCCAUCCGUGCUCGAUGAGUUCUAUCUUCUCCGGUGAUUGGGGAGCGGCUUACUAUAGCAGGCUCUGGUCUCGCAUGGUUGCGGCCGAUGUGUACAGCGCAUUUGUUGAAGCUAAACCAAAGGGACAACAAUCCGAUGUCGGUCUCCGUUUCCGAGACACUUUCCUAGCCCUCGGUGGAGGCUGUCACCCAUCCGAAGUGUUUCGACGAUUUCGUGGAAGAGAUCCCUCGCCGCUGGCGCUUAUUAAUGUACUGGAAAUCAACAAGACCCCGCCGUCUCAUGGUUUAGGGAAAAAACCCGGGUGGAGUAGUAGUGAAGAUUAAUUUACUGGAUUCAUUGAAUUUUAUUGUUAAUAAAACACGUUAGUCAGAA